UUCUAUUUUUUAUUUCCUCCUCAGAAACGUUUCGAUUUGAAGAAAGCAAUAGCGUACGUGCCCGAACCUAUGCAUUCACGCACUAUUUGUUACUUCGAUGUUGGUAUUUGAAUUCCAUGGAGUUAAUUUGUGUGAUGUUUCGUCGAUUGGGGCAAUAGAUAGCUCUGUAUCUAUAGGUGAAGGUGAGGCUCAUUUGUUUGGAUCUGGUUUUUAUUCAAUCGAGAGAUUUCGAAUGUUAGGGAUUUUCAGCUGAACGGAAGGAUGGAGGAUGAUAAGAAGAAAAAGAGAAAUAAGAAAAAGAAAAACAAGCAGACCAAAACUACGGAAGAUGAUAUCGCUGUUGGUGGUAAUCAGAACGGUGCCAGUAAUGGGAAAAAUGAUCAUGACCCAGUAACUGACGUCGCUGAGGUUCAAAAUGGUGCUAUGCGAAAUGGUGAUGCGGCUGCCGAUACACCUGUGCACAAUGGAACAGAAAUCUCCAUCUUAGCUGAAGCUGAGCAACGGUGGGCACAAAGAGAGGCCAUAUUAAAAGAGACAGUAAAACAACUACAGAAUGAGAAUGAUACACAUACACAGAAAGAGGCUUUCUUAGAAGAGAAAAUCAAACAGUUAAAGAAGGAAAAUGAUUUACAAAUAGAGAACCAGGUUACAUUAGAAGAGACAAUCAAGCAAUUAAGAAAUGUACAUAACUUAGCUUUACAGAAAGAGGCUACCUUGGAAGGAACAAUCCAACAGUUGAAAAAUGAAAAUGAUUCACACAUGCAUAAAGAGGCUGGUCUAGAGAAGAAAAUCAUACAACUGCAGAGUGAAAAAGAGUCAAGUAUUCAGAAAGAGGCUGGACUAGAGAAGAGAAUUGUAGAGCUGCAGAGUGAAAAAGAGUUGAGUCUUCAAAAAGAGGCUCACUUGGAGGAGCAACUUCAGCAUUUAUUGGAUGAGAAGACUGCCUUGGGUUUAAAAGGGGCAAGCUUGGAGGAAAAAAUUAAACAAGUAGAGAGUGAUAAACGUUCAUGGACCCUGACAGAGAACACAACCAAAGAAACAAUUGCCAGAAUGAAUGUUGAUAUUACAAGACUACGGAUGCAGGUGGUGGAGUUGGAAGAAUCCAGGAAUAUACUUUUAAAAGAAAACCAACAACUGAUGGACAACAUAUCUGGUCUGCGGUUACAGCUUCAGAAUGUGGAGGGGAACAUUAGCUCCAGUAACACAUCAGCUGAACUGAAAAAGCGUGAUGAAUGUGAGGUCUUGAACUCCCAGAUUGAGGCAGCAUGCACACUGGUUGACAAAUUGAUUACAGAAAAUGCAGAGCUUGUUGAGAAAGUAAAUGAGUUGUAUAUUAAAAUUGACCAACAAAGUAGAGCAGCUGGGCUUUCUUCAGCCACUGGCAGCGAUCUCGUGGUUGAAUCUAAGGUAGCUGAUUCCAUACUUGAAUCUAGUGACAACAUGUCUGCUUUGGGGCAUAAGGUGGAGUCGCUGGAAAUUGAACCUGCUGCUGGAGAUGGAAAUGAUGCAGAAGUUGACUCUGGAGAAAUCGUGCAAAUUCCUUUGGAUGAUAAUGAGCUUCGAGACUUGGAGCUGCAGGCUGUUGAGGGUGAUAAGAUGGAGGAAGCUGUGCCACUUACAGAUGCUCCAUUGGUUGGGGCUCCAUUCCGGUUAAUAUCAUUUGUCGCUAAAUAUGUUAGCGGUGCUGAUUUGGUUGACGAAAGCACUCUCAAUUCUUCGUCUUAGCUUGGCUAAUUUAAAGAUUUUUUGCUUAAAAGAAAUUAGUAUAUUCAUAUAUUCUCAUGUAGAGAUUAAAGAUGCAUCUAAAAUUGUUUGAUCGCUUUGUUUCUCA